UGAUCGAUCCAUCACGUUUGACUAAUCAGAUGUGGCCUACCUCAGCCUGCGGAAAUCGUCCCACAUAUUGGACAAGAUGGCGGGCUGUAAUGGUGUGGGCACCAGGAACGGGGUGAAAAACGGUCUCCAUCGCAAGCCUUUUAUCAUCGGAGUGGCUGGCGGCACUGCCUCUGGAAAGUCGUCAGUCUGUGCGCGGAUUAUGGAGCUCCUGGGACAACAUGAGGUGGACUGUAAGCAGCGCCAGGUCGCCAUCCUCAGCCAAGACGCCUUCUACAAAGUCUUAACACCUGAGGAGAAGGCUAAGGCCUUCAAGGGGCAGUUUAACUUUGACCAUCCAGAUGCCUUUGACAAUGCCUUGAUCGAGGAAACACUGAGAAACAUUGUUGCAGGACAGACAGUUCACAUCCCAGUCUACGACUUCGUCACACAUGCCAGGAGAGAGGGGGAGUUCAUCACUAUCUACCCAGCAGAUGUGGUGCUGUUCGAAGGGAUCCUGGUCUUCUACUACAGAAACAUCCGCGACCUUUUCAACAUGAAGCUGUUUGUCGACACAGACGCAGACACAAGACUGUCCAGAAGAGUUUUGAGGGACAUCAAUGAGAGAGGGAGAGACCUGGAGAAUGUGCUUGUCCAGUACACAACAUUCGUCAAACCAGCAUUCGAGGAGUUCUGUCUGCCAACAAAAAAGUAUGCAGAUGUCAUCAUUCCAAGAGGAGUAGAAAACAAAGUUGCCAUCAAUCUGAUCGUACAGCACAUCCAGGACCUGAUGAACGGGGGGUGGAAGAGACACAACGGGCGCAACCGUUCGGACUCCGAGGGUAUGGAGAUCACGCUGCACUGAGCCAAACCAGUCGUCAACAACUUUCACUACACAACAACACAAUGGCUAGUAAGGGGAAGGACAAGGAAUGGAUCGUUUUGUAUACUAUGAUAUCUUUUUUUGUUAUGCAGAGAUCUCUGUGCAAGAUUGUUCAGUAAAGCCGGUAUCUCACUGGAUUUGAAUUGUGGCACAAUGGCAGCGUAAUAUAAUGGAAAUAUCAUGCAAAACGUACAAGUAUGACCAAAAGACAACAACUUUAACAAACGUAAAAUGAUUUAUUUACUGAUAGAAUUUGUUGCGUGCUCCAUCAAAUUGCUCUGCCGCAGGUAGGUCGUCAAAGUGCCACAGCUUCAGUAAAAUACCCGCAUAAGGUCUAGAGUAUCUCUAGCGCUAGAUGUUAAAGAAAGGAAGGAAUGAGCGAGUGGUAUUAAAUAUACCUGCCAUUUUUGCAAACUCUGCAAGGAGCGUAGCACAUUGGUAUACCCUGUGGUGUAUGUAAGCUUGACAUGGUGUUUAAAGCCGUGGUAUUUCUACAGUUUUCUGUUGAGCGACACCUUUAUUUCCUUCCGAAGCACGUCACUGAAAUGUACGUGUGUAAAGCCGUGUUUACUUAAUAUAGUAGUUUCCAUACAAUUGUGUCCGGAUAAAAGUGGACUUGGCCAAUCAAAAAUGGACUUAAAGCCUUUCUGUGUUAUUUUUCAAAAUAUAUCUAAUAUGCAUAUGAUAGAUAACAGCUAUGUAAGUCUUUUGUAGUAGCCGUUCUUCCCCAAAGUGCAUAGAUAUAUCAUUAGAGGAAGUUUUAUUAUGCGUGGGAGACUUUCCCAUGAAAAUGGUGCCAAUAGUUCAAGCAUAAGUUAUAUACUG